UCCAGGCCUGUCCCAUUCCCGACCUUCCACCUGCUCUGACGCGCAGUUAUUGAAAGACCCGGAAGCGGCUGGCAGAAGCGAAGGUCACAUCGGCUUCAGUGGGUUUUGAACUUUAAUACGUGAGCGUCUCCAGUCACAUUUGUACGCGCCCAGGGUCGGGGGUCUUAAUGCUCGUUAACGUCCCUUCCCCCACGCCUCUCCCCGCGGGUUGACGUCUCAAGACGCAUCUUGCCUGGAACAGAAGCACAGAGGAGGAAAGCCCAGGACUCAAGAAUGACUCUUUCUCAGGGACGGUUGACCUUCAGGGAUGUGGCCAUAGAGUUCUCUCAGGAGGAGUGGGAGUGCCUGGACCCCGCUCAGAGGGCCUUGUACAGGGACGUGAUGCUGGAGACCUACAGGAACCUGGUCUCCCUGGAUAUUGCUACUAGAUAUGUGGGCAAAGAAUUAUCACCAAGAGACUACGUUAAUAAUGGAGAAUUAUUCCAAGUGUUUACUUUUGAAAGAGACAUAAGUCAUGACUUUGAUGACUUUGAUUUGAAUAAAGUCCAACAAGAUGUGAACAAACUUGAGACUCAGUGGAUUUAUGAAGAAAAAAAAUAUGAAGGAAUAACUACAUCUUAUUGUAAAAAUCUCACCUGUAGAGAAGACCAACAACAUCCUAAAUCCUGGAAUAAUUUCCCUGUAAAGCACAGUGUUUCCAUAAGAAGUACAUCUCCAUAUUACAAACAUGAUAUGAUGAACCAGGAACUAAACUACAAGAUAGGCCAUUCAGGAAACAAGUAUAAGAACUGCUUGGACAAUAGGCAUGGAUUAAGCUUUCAUUCACAUCUGGCUGAACUGCAGAGAUUUCAAACUCAAGAGGAAGUUUAUGAAAGUAAUCAAGCUGAGAAGUCUACCAAAACACCCUCAGUUUCACCACCUCAAAGAGUUGCUUCUAGGGUCAAAACCAACAUUGUUAAUAAAUAUGGGAAUGUUCUUAUGCAUCCUUCAUUACUGACACAAUAUGAGGAAAUCCCCAGUAGAGAGAAACCUUACAAAUGUAAUGAGUGCGGGGAGGCUUUUAGCCAUUGUUCAACCUUAGCUAAUCAUCAAAUAAUUCAUUCUGAGCAAAGACCUUACAAAUGUAAUGAGUGUGGCAAAGCCUUUAACAGGUUCUCAAACCUUACAAGGCAUCAGAGAAUUCAUACUGGAGAGAAACCAUAUAAAUGUAAUGUAUGUAGUAAGCAUUUUAUGAUACGUUCCCACCUUUGGCGUCAUGAACGAAUUCAUACUGGAGAGAAGCCUUACAAAUGCAAUGUGUGUGGCAAGGCUUUUAGUCAGAAUUCAAGCCUUACAGUUCACCAAAGAAUUCAUACUGGAGAGAUACCUUACAAAUGUCAUGAAUGUGGCAAAUCCUUUAAGCAGUAUUCAAGCCUCAGUAGACAUCAGAAUAUACAUAGAGUGAAGAUAUAGAGAGUGUGAUAAGACUUUUAUUAAGUGUUCUCACCUUUGGAGUCAUAAGGGAAUGUAUACUGUGAAGAAACUUUAUAAAAGAAUUAACAGCACGACCCUCAUGACAUGACUUGAUCUCAGGAUUUACCAAAGAUUUCAUGUUGGAGAAAAUCCUACAAAUAUAAUUAGGUGGUAAAUUGCUUAAGCAGGUUCCACAAUGUAUUGUGUACAUGUCAGAAUUCCUAAUAAUGAGAACAAAGCUUAGUUCUUCAAGAUUAAUCAAAUCAAAUGUUAUACUCUGCAGGUAAAUUAAAACUCAAAAUGAUUUAAAAUUCACGAGAUGAUGGGUGUCAAAGGAUCAGGGACAUCUGUGGAAACCCCUUAAGUUUAUAGAAUCUUUUUAUUCUUUGGAUUUUUUUUUUAAUUUUUAAAAAUAAUUUAUUUUUGAGAGAGACAGAAUGUGAGUGG